ACACGCAGAAAGCGCUCUGUGUUGUUUGUUGGAUAACUGUAGAAGAAGUUGGAGACUAAGCUACGUUAAUAGAAACGUUUCAGUUCACGUUACACUAUUUUUGUACCCUACUAUUAAAUAACUGAUUACAAUGUUACCUCGCAGGCUCGACACUGGAAUGGCACGGAGUAAUAUAGCAAGAAGCGGUUCUUUAGUUAAUUUGAGGCCGUCUGUAAAUACAGUCUCCCUAAGAAGGCAUUCAGCAGUACUACCAUCGGUGCUGACGUUCGCCGUGAUUGUAGCGUCUGGUGGCCUCCUCUUGAUGAUUGAAAAGGGGAUGCUCAACCACAUGGAGACCCCGUCACCCCGGGGUAUUAGGGUAAAAUCCGACUUCAUAAGGAACGCAAGAAAUCAAGAUCCGAUCGUGGAAACAGAAUAUCAGAUUGUUCAAGAAAUACGCAAUCGUACUAUCCGCACCAUGUGCGGUCAGAAGAACAUGCCCCACAGCAUUUGGACACUUCCUCCAAUACAAAGAAGGACUGUUCUUCAGCAUAUUUUAGUCAGUGACAAGCACAAGUUCCUGUACUGUUAUGUGCCUAAAGUUGCCUGCUCCAACUGGAAACGAGUUAUGAAAGUCCUUAAUGGGGCUUUGGAGAAUGUGGAUGUAAAGAUAAAGAUGGAUCACAAGAAUGACUUGGUCUUUCUUGCAGACUUGAAACCAGAGGAAAUCAAGUACAGGUUAAAAACAUACUUUAAAUUUAUGUUCGUGAGAGACCCCAUGGAACGCCUUUUGUCAGCCUACAGGAACAAGUUUGGAGAGAUUGAAGCUUACCAGAAGAGGUAUGGUGUAGAGAUAGUCAAAAGGUACAGAAAGAAUCCUGGGAAAACCAAUGGAGAUGAUGUUACAUUUGCUGAAUUUCUACACUACUUGCUCGAUGAGGAUGUGGAGAAAAUGAAUGAGCACUGGAUGCCCAUUUACAAUUUAUGCCAGCCAUGUGCUGUAACAUAUGAUUUUAUCGGAUCUUAUGAAAGACUUCACCAGGAUGCCCAGCAUGUUCUUCAGCAAAUUGGGGCACCUGCCCACAUUCAGUUUCCAGAAAGACAAACAUGGUAUAAACCAGUCACCAAACAAACUCUGCAUUACUACCUGUGUAACACACCACAGAAGCUUUUAAGAGACCUGUUACCAAAAUAUAUUUUAGACUUUUCAUUAUAUACUUAUACUCUUCCCAAUACAACAAGUGAAUUUUGCAGACAUUAACAUAGAUGUGAGCAUACGUUGCAGUUAAUUGCAAGUCUUUUGUAAUUGUUGUAUCAAAUAUCAAAUCACAUUUUAAACCAGGUAAAUAACUGUUACUGUUUUAGCCAAAAGUUAUGCCCAGUAUUCAUGCAAACAGAUUUUCAAGUUGAACUGCCUUAUAAAUUUUAAAAUAAGUAUUUUUUAUUCCUGGUGAAAUUUUGGUGUAAGUCUCAUGUAAUUAAUUAAAAGCAAAAAGCAAAAAGCAAAGUGGGGAUAGAUAGCCACGGUUUACCUUUUUAAUUGUCUUGUGCAAAAUCUGUACCUCAAAUUACCCUAGUUUGUGUGGCAACCAAUCCUAGUCACUGCUCCUUCACAUUUCUAAAAUACAAACACACAUCCCUGUGAGCAAUGUCUUACAGCACUCUUCACUUUGAUCUACUGGGGUCAUGUGUAUUUUUAGUUUCUGGAUGAUAAAAGCAUUUUGAGAGGGAUGCUUUGUUUUUGUUGACAGUAAAAACUUUC